UAUCAUUUUACAAAAAUGAAUGUCGAAAAAUUAGUCGAAUGUGUUCGUGCUCACGUAUGUUUGUAUGAUUUGGGCCAUAGGCAGUAUAAAAACACUGUUCUUAAAAAUGAACUUUGGGAAUCUAUAGGAAGAGAGAUGAAUCAAAGCGGUGAAGCAGUAAAACACAAAUGGAAGACGAUCAGAGACGGCUAUACUAAAUAUAAAAAACAGCUCAAAGGAACAACUGGUUCUAGUCGUAGAAACGUAUAUUACACAUGGGCAUCACAACUGGCAUUCUUGGACCAUUUCAAUGCGCCUCGAGAAUCCCAUUCAAACGUUCCUGCUGAAAUAGCACCAACAUCACCAUCUUCGCCUCAAAGUCAACCACCUGGUCAUAAUGCUGGAUACGAUAGUAUAACUUUCCAAUCACCGGUCCCCUCACCUCCAUCGCAGAUUUCCCAGCCCAGCCAGCAAGCUACCUCAUCAACAUCGCAAGCCACCGCGUCAUCAUCACAGGCACCCCCGCCACCAUCAAGCAUUUCAUCUGGAAAAGCUAAACGAUCAAGAGGACAUCCAGGAAGUGAUGAUGAUGUAGGGAGAGUGAUACAAUUUCUAAAUUCUAAUAAAAAUAAGAAGGAACUCGACGUAACUGACAAUUUAUUCCUUAGCUAUGCCGAUACAUUCAAGAAAUUUCCGCCCAGAGAACAAGCCAUUGUUAAACUGGAAAUGGCCAAAUUGUUUUCAAAUAUCGAACUCCGACUGCUCGAUUCUACAUCAUAUGAUCCACUCCACACGAGUAUAUCAAUAGCAUCACCAGCUUACUCUAAUACAAGUUCUGUUAACAACACAAACCAGGAAUCGCCAGCUCCUCAACCAAUUAAUUUAUCUGGAGACAAUAAUGCCAAUGUGGGAGAAGAAAAUUUUAUAUUCGAAUUUUUAUGA